CAACUCCCAAAUUUUCCUACCCUUCGAAGCACCCAACCCCCAUCCCGAUCCCCUCCCCGCCUCCGGCCACCGCGCGUCCUCAUGGCGUCAGUGGCGGCGGCGUCGAACGUGAUGCUCGCGAUCCACGAGAAGAAGACGACCCCCACCGACCUCUACCGCCCGCUGCGCCUCUAUAUCGCCUCCGCGUACUCGGAGCGCGAGGCCGCGGCGGCAGACGACGACCUCUGCGCGGUGCGCGACCUCCGCGCCGCGAUCGAGCAGCCCUCCCUCCCGGACGCCUCCUCCCUCGAGCAGCGCCGCGACGCGCUCCUGGCCUACGCGCGCGCGCUGGCGCUCGUGGAGCCCCGCUUCCCCAUUUCCUCCGACCGCGCGCACGUCCACUCCCUCACCUUCACCUGGCACGACGCCUUCAAGGGGAACAAGAAGUGCGGCCUCGCGUCGGUCCACCUCGAGAAGGCAGCCGUGCUCUUCAACCUCGGCGCUGUCUACUCCCAGAUCGCGCUCGCCGCGGACCGCUCCACCGACGUCGGGAUCAGGACCGCGUGCGGGGCCUUCCAGAGCGCGGCGGGCGCGUUCGCGUGGCUCAGGGAGAGCGGAGUCGCGGCCAAGGCCAUCGUAGCGGGGGCAACCACCGUGGACGUCACGCCCGAGUGCGCAGGCAUGCUGGAGAAGCUCAUGCUCGCGCAGGCGCAGGAGUGCUUCUUCGAGAAGGUCGUAGCUGGAGGGAAGCCGCCCGCGCUGUGCUCGAAGGUGGCGCGGCAGGUGGGCAUAUUCUACGAAGAAGCUUAUGCAGCUCUUAGUGCACCUUCUCUUAGUCAGCACUUUGAUAAGACAUGGGUGUCUCAUAUCCAGCUGAAGGCAGCUCAAUUCUACGCUGAUGCUUGCUAUAGGUAUUCGUUGGAUCUCCAUGAGAAAGAAGAGAUCGCUGAGGAAAUUGCACGCUUAAAGAUUGGAAUGGGCGCCUUGGCAGAUGCCAAGAAGGCUGCAAGGGGAGUUGCUGCUCAGCUUCUGGAUUCUGUCAACAAGCUGGAGAGUAACAUGAAAACCAACUUGGAGAGGGCUAUGAAGGAGAAUGACCGUGUUUACCUGAUGCGGGUUCCAGCUGCUGGUUCCUUGGGAGCCCUCCCUGCAGCACCCCUUGUAAAGUCUACUUCUCUGGCUGAAGCUUUAGAUGCUAGCAAGGAAAGGCUUUUUUCAUCACUUGUGCCCGAUGGCAGCAUGAAAGCACUCUCCAAGUACACAGAAAUGGUAGACGAUAUUAUCCGGACCCAGGCGGAGAAAUUGCAGCAAUCUAGUGAGAUCACUAGAGUCAGGCUGAAGGAAAUGGACUUACCAGAUUCUAUUCUUUCACUGGAAGGUAAUAUCGCAUUACCCUUCGAUCUGAAGGAAGAUGUAGAGGCUGUGCAGAUAAGUGGUGGCCCUGCUGGCUUGGAAGCUGAGUUGCAGCAGCUUAGGGAUUUGAGGAGGGUCAAUCAAGAACUACUUGUUCAGACUGAAGAGCUUCUACAGAAGGAGGCGAACGAAGACGCUCAAUUUCGUACGCAAUUUGGGAGUCGUUGGACUAGACCUCAAUCAAGCACCCUAACAAAAAAUAUUCAGGAUCGAUUGAAUCUAUUUGCUGCUAAUCUUAAGAAAGCUUCUGAUAGUGAUUCUCUGAUUGAACGGGGUGUGAAGGAGAACUAUCCUUUGAUGUCUAUUCUUGACAAAAGACCGAUAGAGUCUGCACUUCCAAGCAUUUCAAGGCCUAUCAUGUCCUUGGAUGGGAAUGAAGAUGCUAUUGUUGGAUCCCUGAAACAAAGCUUGAGGCAACUGGAAUCUCUAGGAGCACAAAGGGCAGGUCUUGAAGACAUGCUCAAGGAAAUGAAGAGAAAGGAUGAUAUACUGCCUAAGUUGAUGGCCGGUGCUGGAUCACAUGAUGAUCUUUAUAAGAAGGAGAUUGCAAAGUAUGAUCCUAUCUGUGCUGAAAUUGCGGAUAACAUUGUGGCACAGGAACAGUUAUUGCUGCAAAUACAGGCACAAAACGAGCAAUUCGCUGCUGUUUUCAAUCUAGAGGAUUACAAAGCUGCUCGCGAGAGAUGUUAUAAGCAAAUUGCUGCUGCUGUUGCUAAGUACAGGGAGAUUAAGAAGAACAUCAACGAGGGCCUAAAUUUUUAUGUGACUUUACAGGAAGCAAUAGGCAGAAUAAAACAGCAGUGCAGUGACUUUAUAAUGACCCGAAACAUUCAAUGCCGCGAAAUGAUCGAAGAUGUGCAGAGGAAGAUAGCGGGUUUCAGCUUCUCAUCCUCCAGCCACACUUCUAUGCAGAGGAACGUUUCUGUACCGCUUGAUCAGAGCAGUCUAUCACCACCGCCGCAUGCUCAGCCUUCCUAUGCCGCUCCACCUAGGGGAGACUCAAGGUCUGGGUACUCUCAACCAGAGCCAAGACCUGCAUACUCACAACCAUACCCCCCAUCCUACGGCGCGCCACCGCAACAGCCUCAAUAUGGUGCACCGCACCCCGGUCAGUACCAGCAGCCGCCGCACCAACCACCUUCGGGCCAUGACUAUGGCCAACCAGCAUAUCCUGGAUGGCGCGGGCCAUACUACAAUGCCCAUCAGCCGCAGCAACCCGGGCCAUAUCCUCAGCCACCGUACAAUGCACCGGGGUCUUACCCUCCUCACCAGGGCAACUACUACAGGCCUCAAUGACUGAUCGAUCUAUCAUGUUCCCAUAGCUGCAACUAUUUGUUCGCUUCUUUUUCAUUGGGUCAUGUCAUUGUGGAAGCAUUCCCUGGUGUACUGCAUACGAGUUUGGGUGGUCUAAUAUCAGAUUGGUUAGACGGUAACUUGUAUGAUUUGUGCAUAUAAUAAUGUAUUGGAUGUGGCAUACACGGAUACAUUCUCAGUGGAAUUUUUAUAUUUCGACCGAUUUUAAGAACAUAUUUUACAAAUAGACUUGUGAGAAAUAAUUUCUGACAA